AUGUCAUCCACGAUCAAACCCAUUCAGCUCUACGGUGGAAUCGUUGGCCCGAAUCCCCUGAAAGUCGGAAUCGUCCUCACACUCCUCGAAGUGCCAUUUGAAUCCGUUCCAGUCACAUUCGCUAAAGUCAAGGAACCUGAGUAUGAAGCGAUCAACCCCAAUGGACGGCUACCUUCGAUCCAUGACCCAAACACCAACUUGACCAUUUGGGAGAGUGGUGCCAUCAUCGAGUACCUCAUAGAGCGCUAUGACACCAAUGAACCCCGCAAGCUCAGCUUUACACCGGGCAGCGCAGAAGCCGAGCUUGCCCGGUCGUUCCUCCACCUCCAGGCCACUGGUCAAGGGCCGUAUUAUGGACAAGCUUAUUGGUUCAAGAUCUACCACGCGGAGAAGGUCCCUAGUGCAGUGAAACGCUAUGUCGACGAAGUCAAACGCGUGACGGGCGUGCUUGACAAGUGGUUGGGCAAGCAGAAGGAGGGAAACGACAAGAACCUUGGGGAUGGUCCUUGGCUUGUCGGCAACAAAAUGUCGUACGCUGAUGUAGCGUUCAUUCCUUGGCAAAAGGGGGCCCGCGCAGCACUGGGUGAUGGAGAGUUCGACGCUGAUGAGUUCCCAAAUGAGAAGGAAUGGUUUGCGCGCAUGAUCUCAAAGGAGCCCAUCAAAGCUGUUCUUGAUUCUUCGGCUGAGCAGAUGGCCAGUAUGUCGAAACACUGA